AAGAUCACGUGGCUUAAUAAUGUGCGAACAGUAAUCGGUUGGAAAUCAAAACUAUCGGGACUCGACCAAUCGAAAGGGAGGGAAGAAGGACAGAAUCGUUGGUGCUGUGUUAGACAUGCGAUUACAGACGUGAAUCGUGGUCAGAACGAACGCAGCGACACUCGUGGAAAGAAACCCCAAACGUAGUUUAUCGAACGAUGACCACCUCUGCCCACUGUUCUCCAUCCCGAUCGUCGUUAAGCUGCUGUCAGGUCGAACACAACAGCCGCGAUGACGUACACGGAGUGACAGUUGCCGCGAAAGACAGUUAUUUCGUAGAAGAUAAAUACUCUUUCCCCAGAAAGCCCGAGGUGGACCUCGCUUUUUACGACAUCCGAUAUAGAGUAAAAGAAUGGACCAUUCGACAGUUAAGACCCAAAUCCAAAGAAAUUCUUCAUGGUAUCAGUGGGGAAUUCAAAGCUGGCGAACUAGUCGCCAUAAUGGGGCCUUCUGGGGCCGGGAAGUCGACUUUGUUGAACGUCUUAGCCGGCUAUACAGUGAAAGGUGUUCGGGGAAAGAUUCUAGUAAAUGGAAAAGUUAGGGUACCGUACAGUGAGAGAUGGAAGAGAACAUCAUGCUACAUACAACAGGAAUCCUUAAUGAGAACAAGAAUCACCGUGGGAGAAGCCAUGACAUUAGCUGCACACUUAAAACUUGGCUACAGUAUAAAUUCAGCCCAUAAACAUACUCAGGUUUUGGAACUCUUAGAAAUGUUAGGAUUGAGCCAUUGCUAUGACACCCUUUGUGGAAAAUUGUCCGGCGGACAGAAAAAACGACUUGACGUAGCUCUGGAGCUUUUAAGUAAUCCUUCAGUAUUAUUCCUCGACGAGCCAACAACCGGUUUGGAUUCGUCUUCGUGCAGCCAGUGCAUCGCACUGCUGAAGCGUCUUGCUAAAAUAGAAAGGCGUACGAUAAUAUGCACGAUACACCAACCAAGUGCGUUGCUCUUAGAGAUGUUUGAUGCCAUUUACGCGGUUGCCGGUGGAUAUUGCAUAUAUAGGGGGUCGGUUAAAUCUUUGUUGCCUCAUAUGUCCUCGAUCGGUAUUGAUUGCCCGCCUUACCACAACCCAGCUGACUUUCUUUUAGAAGUAGCGAUUGGAGAUUAUGGUGUUACUGUGGACAAAUUAGCAGCUGCUGUGGAAACAGUGUCUAAAGAUGACAAUAAGGCCGUUACUUAUGCAAUGAAAUCACAGUUAGAAGAAAGCGCAAAUGAACCACCAACACCUGCAGGAUUCAUCGCACAAUGUUACCUACUUUAUAAGAGACAAUUACUUUCCCUCAAAAGAGACUACACAUUAUUGGUAGUACGAUUGUUGUGUCACCUGUUAAUUGGAAUAAUCUUCGGCUAUCUGUACAUGGGAAGCGGUUACAGAGCGAACGGUGUCCUUGCUAAUUACGUUUACCUGUACGGAUCGUUGCUACUACUCGUUUACACGGGUAAAAUGGCCGUCACACUUGCCUUUCCACAAGAAAUGCGGAUACUCAGCAGGGAACACUUUAAUCGGUGGUAUGGGCUAGCACCGUACUAUAUCAGUCUAUUGCUCGUCGAAAUACCGUUCCAAGCAGCUUGUGCAGCGACCUAUUUGACUGUGAGUUACUGGUUAACAGGACAACCCAUAGAAACUCCUCGCAUAAUUUCUUUCAUGGUUGUCAGCAUAGCCGCUAGUUUAACAGCUCAAGCAUGGGGAUUUUUUAUUGGCGCGACCACGCCAGUGAAGAUCGCGGUAUUCGCAGGACCCAUAAUUGCAGUGUUAUUUUCCGUAUUCGGGUUCUGUAUUCGUUACAUGGAUACGCCCCAGAUGUUCCGAUGGAUGUUUCAUAUAUCAUACUUUCGUGCUAGUUUCCACAGCCUGUUACACACUGUCUACGGUUUCGAUCGGAUGGACUUGAAAUGUGACGACUUUUAUUGUCAUUAUAAGAAACCAACACAAUUCCUUAAAGAAAUGGAGAUAGUCAACAUAAGCGUCGCGAACAAUCUCAUUUUAAUUAUUGGUAUUGGCGUCUUAAUGCAUUUAUUAACUGCCAGUGCUCUUUGGUGCAAGCUUAACAGAAGAUAAGAACUACUUAUUUUCUAUCUUUGAUAAUUCAAUAUCGUUAUCAGCCAAUUAUAUGCGAUCUCCUUUACCAUAGAAGAUAGCGCUGAAAGAGUUCCUCCAGGACCUUGUAGGAACGGAUCGAAAAACGUUGAAUUUUUUGUACCAAGAACAAGACUUUUCUUCAUAGAGAAAUUUUAUGAAAGACAUCUGUUGAAUGAACGAAAGUUCUGAAAUGUAUUUCUACAAAGAACUAUGGAAAUUAUCUAUUAAAUGUUUAUAAAGUAAA